AUGAUUUAUCUUUUCCAAGCCUCACUCUUGUUCUUAAAUCUAUGUAUUUUUACUUGUGGAGAAGCUAUACAAGAUAACUGUGUGCAUCAUUCUACGGAUUCUCCAGGAGUUAACAUUGUAGAAGAUGAAUCUAAUACAAAAGGUGAAAGUAAAAGUAAUGCUACUGUUUACAAAGAAGAUUGUGAGGAAGCAUGUGAUAUUAAAACUAAAAUUACACGAGAAGAAAAAUAUUUCAUGUGUAGGAAUUUGCAAAAUUCUAUUGUUUCUUAUACACGAAGUACCAAAAAACUACUAAGAAACGUGAUGGAUGAGCAGCAAGCUUCCUUGGAUUAUUUAAUUAAUCAGGUUAAUGAGCUCAUGAAUCGAGUUCUCCUUUUGACAACAGAAGUUUUUAGAAAACAGCUGGAUACUUUUCCUCACAGACCAGUUCAGUCACACGGUCUAGAUUGUACUGAUAUUAAAGAUACCAUUGGUUCUGUCACCAAAACACCAAGUGGUUUGUAUAUAAUCCAUCCAGAAGGCGCUAGUCAUCCAUUUGAGGUUAUGUGUGACAUGGAUUACAGAGGAGGUGGAUGGACUGUGAUACAGAAAAGGAUUGAUGGGAUAAUUGAUUUCCAAAAGUUGUGGUGUGAUUAUCUGGAUGGAUUUGGUGACCUCUUAGGCGAAUUUUGGCUAGGACUGAAAAAGACUUUUUAUAUAGUGAAUCAGAAGAAUACCAGUUUUAUGCUGCAUGUGGCACUGGAAUCUGAAGAUGACACAUUAGCUUAUGCAUCAUAUGAUGAUUUUUGGAUAGAGGAUGAAACAAAAUUUUUUAAAAUGCACUUAGGACGAUAUUCAGGAAAUGCUGGUGAUGCAUUCCGGGGCUUCAGAAAAGAAGAUAAUCAAAAUGCAAUGCCUUUCAGCACACCAGAUGUUGAUAAUGAUGGAUGUCGUCCUGCAUGCUUUAUCAGUGAUCAGUCUGUGAAAAGCUGCAGCCACCUCAGUAACAAUACCGGAUGGUGGUUCAGCCAGUGUGGUCUCGCAAAUCUGAAUGGCAUUCAUCACUUCUCUGGAAAGUUGCUUACAACUGGGAUUCGAUGGGACACAUGGACUAAAAACAACUCACCCGUCAAGAUUAAAUCUGUUUCAAUGAAAAUUAGAAGAACUUACAAUCCAUAUUUUAAAUAA